CAUCCCCAAGAUCCCAGCCUCUCCCCCGAAGCCCACUUCCCCCUGCAGACCGUCUCCGCCCAAGACCGCACCCCCUUUCCGCGCUUCAUCAACCGCUUUGACAGUCGUGAGAUCCUCCUCGUCGUGUCAGGCUCGUGCAUCAACAACAGCUGCGACGCCGACAAAACCCAGCCUCCCGCGGCAUUAUCAUCACUACCCUCAUCCGCACCGGAACCAGCGGGAAAACCACUAACCCCGGGCGCCCUCGCCUUCCCACUCGAAACGCACGGCCCUUCCGGCGAGCAGGCCGAACCGACCACCAACCAGGCCAAGCUCCACGCCGUCAUCGCGGCGCUCCAGUUCCGGGCGUGGGGCUGCGAGGGCUGGCGGCGGGUCGUGGUGCUCAUGGACCGCGAGUACAUCCUCUGA